GAUCCGAAUUCACUCUCUCUAAACUCCCUUGUAAAAGUGACCGUGCAUUCUCUGUUAUAAUAGAAAUCGGGCUACAGGUAUUCCACUUAAAGUCCUACCGGUCAUUCUGAGUGUUUUUACUUUCUUUACUUUACUGAAUCAAGCCAACUAUUCUAGACCCGGUCUAGUAUAGUUUGACCGGUCAAGUAAUUUACACCAUCAUUUUUGGCGCCGACCGUGGGACCGUUAAGGUUUCUUCUCUUCUAAACACAAACCUACCCACAAAAACACCACUCAAAAUGUCUUCCAUUCAACAAAUCAACGCUACUUCCACUCAGAUGCAAACCACUGCUGAGGGAGCCAGUAUCCCCAUGGUUGCUACCCUACCGGCUAUUUCCACCCCGGUGCUGCCGUUGGGUCUGAGCUUAGUCCCAACACCUAGCGUGGUCAGCCCAUUCACGACCCCCGUCCAUUCCGCUGGGCCGAGGGUCACAUUCCCACCGAGCAUGACUCAGUUCAUGAACGAUCCGGCCAACCUGCAGGCCAUCCUGGGCUUUGGCCAGGUCAUGGCCAUGUGCCAGCAGAAUGGGGGGAUGCAAUUUCUCCCUGACGCCGGUACCGCAGCCAGCACCGUAGCCCCUGUCAACCUGACUGGCGCGCUUAAUGCUGCAGGGCCGUCGUGUCCCCCGCAAGGUACGAAUCCACAGAUUACCCCUGAUGGUCACUGCGUCUCAGUUGAGAGCGGAGACGAGGAGUGGGACAUCCCGAGGGCCCACAAGAAGAAGAAGGGAAAAACUAUCCGCCCAGCAAUUUCCCGAAACUCCGCCUUCGAAAGGCUGGGGGACAGAGAGGAAGGCCAGAGAAAGUCAGCCAAGCUGAGGCUGGGGCAAAGCGUUGCUCAUGUCAGCGCGUUCGCCCGAUUAGGCGAGGGGAGGGAGGCCGAGCCUGCCCGUACCCUGAGCUCCUGGUCUAACCGGCAGGAGCCAGCAAGGACGAGGGCCUCUCGUCAAGAAGAAGAAGCAGAAAGCCAGCCUAGGGUGCCGGUGGCUAACCGGUUAACCAUCCCGAAUGACCGCGUCCAACAGACGGAGGCAAAACUGGAAAGGUUGGAGAAGAAGGUCGGGGAGAAGAAUGACCGGGACAAACCCCUUGCAGGGUCCCCGUUCACCACAAGGGUCCAUCUGACACCUUUCCCGCGAAAGGUCAAGAUCGAUGCCCCUAGGUUCACCGGGAAGGAGGAUCCAGAAAUCCACCUGGAUUCUUUCAAUCAAAGUGCAACCAUGAACGGUUGCACAGACGAAGAAAAGUGUCUGCUUUUCUUCCAAACCCUGCGGAAUCGGGCUAUUGAAUGGUUCAAUAAACUUCGCCCGGGAAGUAUUGAUUCAUUUAGUGACUUGGCCUCAAAAUUCAAGGCCAAGUUCCAGGAGAACUGUACUAAGAGGAAGAAAUUCACCUAUCAUAGUACAGCCGGGCAGAGGGAAUCUGAGAACCUCACUCAAUUCCUUACCCGGUGGAAGGAAGAGGUAGACAAGGUGGAAGAGAUGGAUGACAAAACCGUCUUGUCCCUUCUCUUGAAUGGCCUACGUGCCAGGGAACUAUACAAGGAAUUUUGCCGGAAACCCCUGGCCACGUAUCAGGAAGCCUACCACACUGCAUGGGAGUUUGCUGAGGCUGAAACUCAACUCCGGGCGAAGAAAGAGGCUGAGCAUGGCUACAAACCCAAACCGGUGCCAGUCAAGAAGGAAGAAGCACCGGUACCCAACCGGCCAAGGCACCACUAUGACCCGGUAGUCCGAGUGGUCAACACAGAAGAAUGCCAGGAGGUAAGGAAAGCACCAGCUUCCUUCCCGGUCAAUCCUCCGGAAGAUCCUACCGGUCAACUGGGACGACAAUGGUCGGGCACGUAUUGUUUGUACCAUAGGUCAGAUUCCCAUAACACUUCCAAAUGCAAGAGUGUUAAGGGAGUCAUCCGACAAAUGAUAGACAGCGGGGAGCUUGGCAAGGAUUAUUUGCAGAAGGCCCAGGAGAAGAGCCACCAGUGGGUUAGGCCAGCAGCCCAAGGGAAUGACCGGGACAACGACCGGCGAAGGAAUAACCGGCCGAGGGAGCAACAACCUGCCCCUGAGAAAGAGCAUAUCGAAAUGAUCUUUGGCGGGCCUGAAGGUGGAGAUUCAGCCGCGCAGCGGAAGAACUGGGUCCGGAGUAUUUACGUUGGUGAGGUAAGUGCUGAACCGGCCAGGCGUAAGCAUACUCGGAGGGAGCCGAUCGUCUUUACUGACCGGGAUCUCCCUCCUACCGGUGAAGAUCACAAUGAUCCAUUGGUCAUCACCAUGGACAUUAAUGGGGUGGAUGUCGCUCGGGUACUUGUUGACACCGGCAGCAGUGUCAACAUCUUAUACCUGGAGACUUUCCAAAAACUCAGGUUGUGUCGGACACAACUUGAACCCCUCAAAACCCCUCUCUCAGGCUUCACGGGAGACACCGUUGAAGCUGAAGGAUCCAUAGUUCUACCGGUCGAACUAGGAUCAGGGGAGAAGACCGUGUGGAAGAAGAUGCGGUUCAUCGUUGUGGACAUUAAAUGCGUCCACAACGCAAUUCUUGGAAGGCCAGGCAUCAAUAGAGUUGGGGCGGUGAUUUCCAUGCCUCAUCUAUGCAUGAAGUUCCACACUCCAGGUGGUGUGGGUGAGGUGAAGGGUGACCAGAGGAAUGCCCGGGAGUGCUAUGCCCGGGCAGUCAAGAAGAUGACCAAGGGGGUCAACGUCAUCUCCCAGGAAAUCACCAAGGGAGAGACCCGGGAGAAGUUGGAGCCAGAAGCAGAAACGGUGGAGAUUGAACUUCACCCGGGUGAUUCAUCAAGGAUGGUCAGAAUUGGAGCAAACCUCCCCGAAGAUCUCAAGGCAGAGAUUACACGGAUUCUCCAAGAAUACGCAGGCAUAUUUGCAUGGAGCAUGGCAGAUAUGCAUGGGAUUGACCGCUCAAUCAUCUGUCACCGGCUGGCAGUAAGGGAUGGAAGUCGACCGGUACGCCAGAAGAAGAGGUACCUGGCCAGUGACCGGCGAGACUUCGUCAAGAAAGAGGUGAAGGAUCUCCUUAGUGUUGCAAUCAAAGGGAAGGCCCUUGCGGACUUCCUUGUGGAAAUGACCGGUAUAACUCCAGAUGCACCGGUCGACAAGCCUACCGAGCAAUGGUGGGAGAUGGCAGUAGAUGGGGCAUCCGGUCCUAAAGGGUACGGGGGUGGUAUAGUGUUUACCACCCCAGAAGGGUUCAAGAUCUACCAUGCAAUCGUCUUCAACUUCAAGCUAACGAAUAAUGAAGCAGAAUAUGAAGCUCUAGCUGGAGGGCUCAGACUUGCCCUAGCCCUGAAAAUCAGCCGGGUCAGUAUCAAAUCUGACUCUAGUCUGAUUGUGGGGCAAGUGACCGGAAUUCAAGAUUGCCCAAAUCCCCCGGGCGGAAAAUGCGGAUGCAGACCUUCUCUCCAAAUUGAAGCAAUAUGCUCCCGAGCAUGUUUCAAAACUUGCCCGGGUGGAAAUCCUGCCAGCAUCGAAAAAUUGGAAGUCGCCGCCAUAACAGCAGCAGGCCAAUCUGACCGGUCAAACCUGGUCGGGGCGGAUGACGAUUGGAUGUACGAUCUAAUGGAAUAUUUGAUGGAUGGGAGCUUGCCAGAACAAGAUGACCGGGCAAGAAAAGUGAAGCUCCGGGCACCUCGGUUCCAAGUCCUUGAUGGGAAACUGUACAAGAGGGCGUUUGGGGGACCCCUACUGAGAUGCCUAACCAACCGGGAAGCUGAGCGAGUCAUAGCCAAAGUUCAUGAAGGCGUGUGUGCGGCGCAUCAAAUGUUCCGUACGCUUUCCCAACGCAUCAUCUUGUUGGGGUAUUACUGGCCAACAAUUGUCCAGGAUUGUGAGAGAAGGGCUCAUGGGGAAACUCCAUUCUCCCUAACCUAUGGGUGUGAAGCAAGGCUGCCCAUCGAAGCUGAAUUCCCCACGUUUCGGGAAUCAAAUUAUCAACCACAGCAGAAUGAGGAAGAUCACUUGGCCGAACUCAACUUGGUCGAAGAGCGGAGAAUGGCCGCGGAAGAUAAAAUGAGCACAUAUCAACAAGUCGUGAAGAAGUACCGCGACAACAAGGUUGGACCACGAUACUUCCAAGUUGGAGAUGAAGUCCUACGAAGAAGAGAGGCUAGUAGACCGGGUGAUGGGGGGAAGCUGGCCAAGAACUGGGAGGGCCCAUACCGGGUGAGAGCCAUCAUUCGACCGGAAACCUAUCGGUUAGAAACUUUGGAUGGCAUACCGGUGGAGAGGACUUGGAAUUCCCAUCAUCUUCGCAAGUUCUGCAAAUGAUUGUAACACUAGGCAAGGCCUACUUCUAUUAAAUAAAGGAAGUUCAG